CCUAAUAACCAGCCUAGAACUCAGAGAAUCCUAAUGGAGUGGCUACAAAAGGAGCAGAUAAUGCAAAACUCAGUUGUAAUUUGCUGUCCAAUGGAACAUUGCCCUACACAUUUUCCUUCACAGAGUGGGAGAUUCUCUCAAGGGUGUCUAAUGGAAGGAAGGAAGACAAGCUGAGAAAAAAAAAAAAAGAAUCCUUGCAAAACUCAGCCCACGUUGUCCUCAAGGCUGGGAAGGCAAGCAAAGCAAUUUAAAAACAGCAAAAUUCCAUAGGAUUUCACAAAUGUUCAGUGUUAUGCAUUGCUUUGCAUAUUUAAACCUAUGAAUUGCUGCCAGGUGAGGCAAACCUCGCAAAAACCCCAAAUUAUUUAUCUGCCUCAACCAAGCCCUACUCCUGAGAUAUGUAUAAAAGUGGUGCUCGGGGGCGGCAGAGCAGAGGGGCCCUUUUGGAGCUGCCUGCUCCACUCUCUUCCAGCAGCUCCGUGUCCUUUGUCCUCUUUUGGGUCACAUCAGCCAGCAUGAGCCAGCAGCUUGCAGCUGGAAGGGCUCUUCAUGGAAGGAAGUUCUCAGCAUCUUCUGCUGGUGGUGGUGUGAGCUGCUGCCGAAGCAGCGCCUUCCCCUCCACUGCUCCAUUUGGAAGAGGUUAUGGAACGUGGAGCAGCCGAAGCCUCCAGAACAUGGAUGGGUGUAAAUGGAUUUCUUCUGGUGUUUGUGCCAGUGGUGAAUGUGGGAGGCAUGGGAGAAUGCUGGGCUUCCAUGGCUGCGGAAGAGAAGGCAUUCGUGCAGUGCAUGUCAAUGAGAACCUGCUGCGGCCGCUUGAUGUGAAGAUCGACCCCGAAAUCCAGCGCAUCCGAAGGCAGGAGAGAGAGCAAAUGAGGAGCCUCAAUAACCAGUUCGCCUGUUUGAUUGACAAGGUGCAGCAUCUGGAGCAGCAGAACAGGCUGCUGGCCACCAAAUGGGCCUUCCUCCAAAAGCACAUCCUGCCAUCCCAGAAGAACUUCAAGCACGUCUUCAAUACUUUCAUCUGCAGCCUGCAGAGGAGGCUGGACUCACUGCUGCACGAGCGGGGGCAGAUGGAGCUGGAGCUGAACAACACCGAGAAGCUCAUUGAAGAUCUCAAAUGCAAAUAUGAACAGGAGGUGAACAGAUGCACAGCUGCUGAGAAUGAGUUUGUGCUGCUGAAGAAGGAUGCAGACUGUGUCUACCUCACCAAGGCAGAGCUGGAAGCGAAGCUGGAAACCCUCAAGCAGCAGAUAGAGCUCCUGAAGUGUAUGUCUGCUCAGGGAACUGCUGAGAUGGAGAAAAGUCUCUGUGACACCUCUGUUGUGGUGAAAAUGGACAACAGCCGAAGUCUGGACAUGGAGGGCAUCCUCAGGGGCAUUGAGCUCUGGUAUGAAGAUGUAGCUCAGAAAAGCAAGGCCGAGUUGGAUGCACUGUACAGAACUAGGUACCAAGAGCUCGAGGAGACAAAGAGGAAGCAAUGCAGUGAACUGAAGUCCCACCAGCAAGAGAUUGAGGAGCUGAGUUUUGUGAUGCAGAGAUGGCAGUGUGACCUUGAAAAUGUGAAGAAGAGGGUGUCCUCUCUGCGGACAUCAGUUAGUGACACUGAGCAGCGUGGGGACCGUGCCCUGAAGGAUGCACGGGAGAAGCACACUGAGCUGCAGAAUGCCCUCCAGAAGGCCAAGGAUGAGCUGGCUUGCAUGCUGCGGGAUUACCAGGAGCUGUUGAACGUCAAGCUGGCCCUGGACAUUGAGAUCGCCACCUAUAAGACUUUGCUGGAGGGUGAAGAGAGCAGGAUACGCACUGGGUGCCCUGUGAGAGUGUUGAUCACAACACCGUGCAACACCUCCUCUGGAUGCAGCACCAGCCUGGGACAUGGGCCUGGCACAGCGAGCAGAAAAUGCGGGUCCUCCCCUGGUGCCAGCAGAGCAUCCCAGCCUGGCAAUGAUGGCGUCUACCACAGAGGAUCCACCAGCUCUGCAGGCAAGCAAUGUGUCCCCAGUGGUCCCAGAUGUGGCUGCUUCCCAAGGGGCCACCAACGGAGCUGUAGAGGUGGGAAGCACACAUGCCAGAGCUCAGCCCAUGUGAGCGCUGCUGAGCUCUGCUGUGGGACUGCAGGGAGCUCAGAGAGCUCAGCUCAACCAUCAGCACCAUGCUGGAUAGGAGCGAGGAGCUCAGCUGGGACACCGUGCUCCAGGAGCACCACCCGCGUCUGAGCUCCAGAUCUGAGAGGAUGCAAGAUCCAAAGCAGAAAAUGGAAGCUCUGCUCCACCUCAACUCCACCUUGCGUGAGGGGAGCAGACAUCAGGAAAUCACAUCAGAGCAACUGCACCAGGAUCGCAUCAAAAAAGGGAUGCUUAGAACAUACUGCUUCUCUAAAAGCACUUAUAUUAUCGCUCAGUCUCAGCUUCCCACCAGCCUUUUCUUUUUUCCCAAUUAAAGCUUUGCUUUCUAUGAAACGAGUUAUGAGAUUUAAUGCAAAAGCCUUUCCCUAGAGUGCUUCAGCAAGUGUUUCCAUGGGAUCAUGGAAAGGAAGGGCUGCACUCCUGUGUGCUCUUUGCGCGCUGUCUUGGAGCAUCUUUGUCAUCCCCAUGCAGGCAGGAAAGUCAUAAAAGAAAUAUCAAUUAAAAAAAAAAAAAAAAGCAUUUCACCUUCUGUAGCAAGCAAAAACUAAUUACAUUGCUUGUAUUUCUGUUAGCUUCCUUCUUUAUGUCCUGAAAGGCAGUCUGCACUUUGACAUAUGCAUACAUUGCCGCAUCUUCUCUCAUGUCUUGAUGACUCAAGCUCUGCAAUUUUUGCUCUUUUUCCAAUAAAGUGCAUGGAGAAUGAAAGUGUUGCCACUUCUUUUGUUGUGUUUAACAAAGAUACAGAAAUUCCUACGUUGGAAGAGGCAGAUUUGCUGAUGAGAAGACUCGACAGCUAAGCCCAGGGAUUGUCAUGCAGAUCCAAACUUUGCUCCAUUGUAAACUAUUGAAGCCUUUUAAAGUCAGGUUUUUUUUUUUUUUUUUUUUUUUUUAAUGCCAAUUUGCACCAAAUUUGGCUUCUGCCUAAUUCUAUUCAAUGAGAGUUUUAAGAUUCAUAGAGAAAUAAUCUCAGCUGCUUUGCAUUUUUAUAGCACAUCUGCUACCAAGGAGUGACGAUGAAACACAUUCAAUCACUGCUCAAAUCUUCUGCAAUGGGGACAUUAUUGGAAAAGUAUCAGGAAUGUGCUUGGUUGAUGUUUUCAGCAUCAUUUUGGAAAUCUAGUGAUGGCCAGUUUUAAACUGGUUUUAAAACAGAUCAGAGGAUGACAUUUUGUUGUGCGCCUGAGCAGACUGAAAAAGAAGCCAACAAAUUAAUGUGUUAAACCAACUACAGAGGACUGAACUGUUUUGUGAUUAGAGCAAUUAAAGCGAGCUGGCAGGGCAAAGAAAUGAACCAUACAAGCAUCAGUUGGACAGAGAGGUGUUUUACGAAAGGGGGGAUGCAGAGGGAGGUCCUUUUCUAUCUGUUGGGAUUCAGGACUGGAAGACCCUUCUCUCCCUCUACUAUUCCUCUUUCCCAGUCAAAUAUGAGGAGAAAAUCAGGAGCACAGUAAAGAACAGUCACAGUCGUUAGUGAAUAAAACCAUGGGAAAGAUUUGACAGGAAGGGAACAACUGAGCAUCAUAAACAUGCAUUAAGAGGGGGUUAAGUGUCUCAUAAAGGUUAUGGUUCUCAUCAAAAACAGAUGAUUCUGUCACAAGAGAAGAGUAAGUCAGGGAGAUGACAUAGGAUUAAUGUUCUCCAAACUCUCUCCCCCAGCCAUGCUUCAUGAACCAGCACUCAUCAGAAAUAUGGCAGAAAUAGAUCACACAGCUCCGCAAACCCAACCAAACAUGGGCUGGGGCACUGGUGCCAUCACAUAACAAAGGGAAGAACCUAUCUCCUGAUUGUGCUUUCCAGGAGAACCUGACCUAUCUUCCUCAGGCAAUUCCUUCCUCCUGUAGGGCUCAUGGAACCUCAUCUCCCCAAGAAAACAGCUUUGAGGGAAGAGCUCUACA